AGUCUGGAUCAGAGCGCCGGAUCGGGAAGAACAAGAACCGAGACCUGGAGGAACAGGGCUGUGUAGGAGAAGCCAUUUGAGCUGAAAGAAAAAAAAAAUCUAGUUUUUGCUCCGUGCGGUCAUGAGGAGUUGAGAAAGGAAGGCGUUUUUCUUCAGGCGAGCGUGUGUCGCGUUGUCGCGUGUCCUUCUGCUCUGAACGAGCUCACGUUUUUCCGUCCAGAUGUUAGUGCACACGUAUUCCUCCACGGACCGCCAUGAUGGGGUACCGAGCCACAGUUCCAGACUGUCCCAGCUGGGUUCGGUCUCUCAGGGUCCGUACUCCAGCGCUCCGCCGCUCUCUCACACACCUUCCUCGGACUUCCAACCUCCGUACUUUCCGCCGCCGUACCAGCCGCUGCCGUAUCACCAGAGUCAGGACCCGUACUCACACGUUAGUGACCCGUACUCUCUGAACGCUCUUCACCAGUCCCAGCAGCACCCGUGGGGCUCCCGGCAGCGGCAGGACGUGGGUACGGAGAGCGGAGCUUUACUGCCGCAGCCUCGAGCCUCUUUACCGCAGCUCUCGGGUCUGGACCCCCGGCGGGACUACACCGUGCGCCGACCAGACGUGCUGCUCCACUCCACGCAUCACGGGCUCGAGGUGGGGAUGGGAGAUGGUCUGUCCCUUCAUGGCCUGGCGCACGGCAUGGAGGAUGUGCAGGCUAUGGAGGACGCAAACAACGGGAUGAACAUCCUGGAUCAGUCAGUCAUUAAAAAAGUUCCAGUUCCACACAAGAGCGUCGCUUCUCUGAUGAUGAACAAAGACGGUCUAAUCGGCGGGAUCACCGUGAACGUCAACGAGGUCUUCUGCUCGGUUCCCGGCCGCCUGUCGCUUCUUAGCUCCACAUCCAAAUAUAAAGUGACGGUCGGCGAGGUCCACCGGCGCCUCUCUCCGCCAGAGUGCCUCAACGCCUCUCUGCUUGGCGGGGUUCUACGGAGAGCGAAGUCGAAAAACGGCGGUAGAUCACUGAGGGAAAAGCUGGAGAAAAUCGGCUUGAAUUUGCCCGCGGGGAGACGCAAAGCAGCGAAUGUCACUUUACUGACGUCUCUAGUAGAAGGAGAAGCUGUUCAUUUGGCUCGGGACUUUGGCUACAUUUGUGAAACUGAAUUUCCCACAAAGGCCGUGUCUGAAUAUCUGAACAGACAGCACACAGAUCCAAACGAACUGCACUCGCGAAAGAACAUGCUGCUCGCCACAAAUCUGUCUGUCAAAGUCCUGUCAGUCAGCCUCGGGCUCUCGCGUUCUGUCGCUCUGGAAUGGGAGAGAGGGGCGCAGCGCUCUCCCGACUGGACAACAAGACUGUUUGUGGUUCUGAGACGCAAAAGCGAAUGUGGGUCAAAAUCUGACAAGUCCAGACAACUGCAGAUGCAGCAGCAGGGCUCUGCAACGCUGCCAGUUGGAGGCAUUUGA